ACCAGCCAUUUUACUUAUGGAAAACAGUGUGGCAUAUUCUGCUGAGCUUUACCCUGGAAGAAGCAUUUUUAAAGAAUUUAUUUAGAGAGGAGAGAAGCAACGGGUAUGUUAGUGUACAAUUAUUACAGCCACACAUGCCUGCAAGCUGCUCUUUCCACAAGCUGUUGACUGCUACUGCUUGCAAUUAGCUGAUUGGAAAAAGUGGAAUGCAGAGUGAUAAUGCUGCAUAUCUGCUAUCAGGAGCAGAAAAAGAUUUUGUCUUGGGAAGGCAAGCCUUUCCUCCAGUAUUAUCUCAGCAGCUCCCUAUUUGCUUAUCCUGAUCCCAAAGGAGGGUGUGAUCCCUCUGCUAACACUGGUCUUGUGCGUGGCUGACGCACAUGAGCAGCAGGUUUGAGAAAGCAGGUGUGUGCUCGAGUGGGCACUGGACUGUAACGCAGGCGGACGCUCUCGGGUUUACCUGCUUCCUGUUAACAGAUUAUUGGCUCAGAGAGCAUCUGCUUCCACACUGAGGCCGAGGCUGAGAAGGGGCUUCCCUGCAUCCCACUUGACGGUCAGAGACACUUGGAUUGGACUUAAUCUUAAACCUCUGGAGUUCAAGACCUUUUAAAAAGGGCUAAAUAAACAAUCUCUACAUGUAAAAGGCCACUGACUGCUACUUCCUCUGAAGAGAGCAACUGGGAACUCAGCUGCCUGUAGACCCAGAAUAGGACAGACUCAUAUACCAUUCUGAUCUGGGUGCAUUACUUCAGAAGGAAAACUGAAGACUUUACUAACAAACUCUCCAAGGUCAAAAUGAAUACAGACAGCGGUGGGUGUGCUCGCAAACGUGCUGCCAUGUCUGUUACGUUAACAUCUGUGAAGAGAGUUCAAAGUUCUCCAAACCUAUUGGCUGCAGGGCGUGAUUCUCAGUCACCAGACUCAGCUUGGAGAUCUUACAAUGAUCGAAUACAAGAGACACUGAACGGAGAUGCUACAUAUUCCUCUCUUGCAGCAAAAGGUUUCAGAAGUGUUAGACCAAACCUACAAGAAAAAAAAUCUCCAACUCAGGCACCCCUUCCACCCGCCAGAAAAGAGAGCUUUUGUAGCUCCUUGAUAACCAGUCACACACAGGGUGACAUUUUAGACUCAUCAGAAACAAACACACAAACUCCCUCCUGUACAGAAUUUCUUACUAACAAAAAGCCUCUUCCAGGAACUAUGCAUUCUAACGAAGAUUCUAACUCAACAAUUAUAUAUUCUGAAGAAUCCAACACAACUGUGUCAUAUACACAAAAAAUUGCUAAUCCACUUCCAGGAGCUUCCAGCACAAGUCCUGCACCAUUUGCCAACAUCAAUACCCCAUUUCUACAAGAGAACUACAUGCAAGAUUCUCAAACUCAGAGAAUUUCUACCUUAAAACUAACCCAUAACCAGGAUCUGGGAAGUACCAUCCCCUUUCAUAUUCCACGGUUUUCUAACCCUGUUGAAGUUCCUUCAUUUCUCAAAAAAACUUGCUCACCACCCCCUAAACCAGUGCCUGAGGUACACACAGCAUCUCUUUCCAUUCAGAUAGCUCCUCUUUCAGGACAAGAUCCUGAAAGCCACAAACAGCUACCUGAGCUUUCUCCAGAGACUACAAAGAUACCUCUUCAGCAAGAGAGACAAAAAUCUGCAGUUGCUGCGACCUCUCAGUCCUCAGACUGCCGGAGUGGAAAUCAGCACUUAACUGCCAAUGUGUUGGAGGUAAAUGCUUCACAGACACACAGACAAACCACAUCAGAAGCUGCUUCUUCGUGCCAUUCUCCUGUGAUUCCAUUUAACCAAACCACUUUUUCACCAGGCAGUGGCUUCAGCCCAGUAUCAGCACCUGAUGAUCUGGGACCUUCAGGCCUGUAUAAGCCUCAGGGCUUUCCACACUGUUUAUAUAAAUACCCUACCCCAGCUCUUGAACGCCUUAUCCACAGCCAGGACACAGGCUCUCUCAGGACAGACUCCUCCCUCUCCGAGAGCGAGUCCUCCACAGCCAUUCUAGUUGAGCUGCAGAUGGGUAACUCUGACACCACUGACUGCUCUGAGACACCUUCCCCAGCCUCGGGUCAGAGGUCUGCUGUGACAGAUGGCACCAUCCUAACCACCCCUGCUGCCACUCAUAGCCAGAUAACAGUGAAUGGCAACUCUGGCGGUGCUGUGAGUCCAAUGAGUUACUACCAAAGGCCAUUUUCCCCUUCAGCCUACUCUCUCCCAGGCUCCCUCAACUCCAGCCUUAUCAUGCAGCAUGGCAGAUCCCUUGAUUCCUCAGAGACAUAUUCCCAGCAUGCUCAGUCUCUGGAUGGCACCACAGGCAGCUCAAUACCACUGUACAGAUCCUCUGAGGAAGAGAAGAGGGUGACAGUCAUCAAAGCCCCGCAUUACCCAGGAAUUGGGCCUGUAGACGAAUCUGGAAUCCCUACAGCAAUUAGAACGACAGUUGACCGGCCCAAGGACUGGUACAAGACAAUGUUUAAGCAAAUUCACAUGGUGCACAAGCCAGAUGAUGAUACAGACAUGUAUAAUACUCCUUACACAUAUAAUGCAGGUUUGUACAACGCACCAUACAGUGCUCAGUCACAUCCAGCUGCAAAGACCCAGACAUACAGACCUCUCUCCAAGAGCCACUCUGACAAUGGCACCGAUGCCUUUAAGGAAGCUUCCUCCCCAGUGCCUCCCCCACAUGUUCCCCCAAGACCAAGAGAUCGAUCUUCAACAGAAAAGCAUGACUGGGAUCCUCCAGACAGAAAGGUGGAUACCAGAAAAUUUCGAUCUGAGCCAAGGAGUAUUUUUGAAUAUGAGCCUGGGAAGUCAUCAAUUCUGCAACAUGAAAGACCACCCCCUCUCCCAGCAACUCCGACACCUGUUCCAAGGGCAGCUGGCCGGAAGCCUCUUUCCUCCUCGCCCCACGGAGAAGCCGCGCGUAGUCCCUCCCCUCCGCCGCGGAGUGGCGUCUCCGCCGCGCGCUCCGCCCCGGCUCCCUCUCCCAUCCGGACUGAUCGCAUAAAUCCAGAUGACAUAGAUUUAGAAAAUGAGCCCUGGUAUAAAUUCUUUUCAGAACUGGAGUUUGGACGCCCGCCUCCUAAAAAGGCUCUGGACUAUGUUCAAGAUCAUUCUUCUGGUGUUUCCAAUGAGGCCUCCAUAUAUCAGUCCUCUAUAGACAGAAGCCUGGAGAGGCCCAGCAGUUCUGCAAGCAUGGCCAGUGACUUCAGGAAACGGAGGAAGAGUGAGCCUGCAGUAGGUCCACCCAGAGGCUUGGGGGAUCACAUUGCAAGGAGGACCAGCCCCAGUAGGGCAGACCUCCCAGGAUCAAGCACCACUUUGACAAAGUCUCUCAUUAGUUCUUCUCCUUCCUCCCCCUCAAGAGCAAAAGGCGGGGAUGAUAGCAAAAUAUGUCCAUCCCUUUGCAGUUACUCAGGGCUCAACGGCACCCCCUCCAGUGAGUUAGAGUACUGUAGUCCUUAUAGACAGCAUCUGGAUGUCCCGAGGGACUCACAAAGGGCCAUCACUUUCAAGAAUGGCUGGCAGAUGGCCCGGCAAAAUGCAGAGAUAUGGAGCAGCACUGAAGAAUCCGUGUCCCCCAAAAUCAAAUCCCGUAGCUGUGACGAUCUCCUGAAUGAUGACUGUGAUAGCUUCCCUGACCCACAAACCAAGUCAGAAAGUAUGGGCUCCCUGUUAUGUGAAGAGGAUUCCAAAGAGAGCUGUCCCUUGACCUGGGGUUCCUCUUACAUCCAGGAGGGUCGCAGUAAUGGCAGAUCAAGGGCCAGACACAGGUCAGCCCACAACGCCCCCGGGUUCCUAAAACUGUACAAGAAAAUGCACCGCAUUAAUCGCAAGGACUUGAUGAAUUCAGAGGUGAUUUGCUCGGUGAAGUCGAGAAUAAUGCAGUAUGAAAAGGAGCAGCAACACAAGGGCCUGCUCCACGGAUGGAGCCAGUCCUCCACGGAAGAGGUGCCUAGGGACAUGGUACCCACCCGGAUCUCAGAAUUUGAAAAGUUGAUUCAAAAGUCAAAAUCCAUGCCAAAUUUAGGAGAUGAAAUGUUAUCUCCUGUUACCCUCGAACCACAACAAAAUGGUUUGUGCCCCAAGAGGCGAUUUUCCAUUGAGUCUUUGCUGGAGGAAGAAAAUCAAAGUAGACACCCUUCUCAGGUUCAACGAAGCUACAAGUCUAAAGCCCUGGUGCCAAUUCACAUUGAAGUCACCAGUGAUGAGCAACCAAGAACUCACAUGGAAUUUUCCGACAGUGACCAAGAUGGAGUUGUGUCUGAUCACAGUGACUACAUCCAUGUGGAAGGGUCAUCCUUUUGCAGUGAAAGUGAUUUUGAUCACUUUUCAUUCACAUCCUCUGAAAGUUUCUAUGGAUCCAGCCACCAUCAUCACCACCAUCACCACCACCACCAUCGGCACCUCAUCAGCUCCUGCAAGGGCCGGUGCCCAGCCUCCUAUACUCGAUUCACCACAAUGUUAAAACAUGAAAGAGCUAAGCAUGAAAGUGUUGAACAGCCUGGAAGACAAGAAAUGGACCCUGGCCUGUCCAAACUUGCAUUUCUAGUCAGUCCUGUGCCUUUCCGGAGGAAAAAAAAUUUGACCCCCAAAAAACAGACUGAAAAGGCAAAAUGUAAAGCAUCUGUAUUUGAGGCUUUGGACUCUGCCCUUAAAGACAUCUGUGACCAAAUCAAAGCUGAAAAAAGAAGAGGAAGUUUGCCGGACAACAGUAUAUUGCACCGUCUUAUCAGUGAAUUGCUGCCAGAUAUUCCUGAAAGGAACUCAUCCCUUAAAGCUCUGAAAAGGAGCCCCACGCACCAGCCUUUCCACCCACUGCCUCACGAUGGUGCUAUUCAUUGUCCAAUGUACCAGACUGAUUGUGGGAGAAUGCCUCACAGUGCCUCUUUCCCAGAUGUGGACACAACCAACAACAGCUACCACCACCAGUACCAUGACAGUGCACUGAAUCUCCAAGACCGAGAGUCCCCCAGAAGUUACGCGUCCACUUUGACUGACUUAGGGAGAAGUGCACCACGGGAAAGAAGAGGAACUCCAGAAAAAGAGAAAUUGCCUGCAAAAGCUGUUUAUGAUUUUAAGGCUCAGACAUCUAAGGAGUUGUCUUUUAAGAAAGGUGAUACUGUCUACAUCCUCAGGAAAAUCGAUCAAAAUUGGUAUGAGGGAGAGCACUACGGAAGAGUAGGCAUUUUUCCAAUCUCAUAUGUAGAGAAACUCACCCCUCCCGAAAAAGCGCAGCCUGCAAGACCACCUCCCCCAGCCCAGCCUGGAGAGAUCGGAGAAGCUAUAGCCAAAUAUAAUUUCAAUGCAGACACGAAUGUGGAGCUCUCACUGAGAAAGGGAGAUAAAAUUAUUCUCCUUAAAAGAGUUGAUCAAAACUGGUAUGAAGGUAAAAUUCCAGGUACCAACAGACAAGGCAUCUUCCCUGUUUCCUAUGUAGAAGUUGUCAAGAAGAAUACAAAAGGUGCUGAGGAUUACCCUGAGCCUCCAAUACCCCACAGCUAUUCUAGUGAUAGAAUUCACAGCUUAAGUUCCAAUAAGAUACUGGUCUUGAUGCUUAGUUUAAAAAGAAAGGAAACUCUUUUGAGAGUUCAGUGCACUGGGAAUUCCUACCAAUAUUUCUCUUCUAAGCCACAGCAUCCUGUGUCUACUCAUGAAAACAUUCAAGGUGGGGGGGAACCGUUUCAGGCUCUGUAUAACUAUACUCCUAGGAAUGAAGAUGAGCUGGAACUCAGAGAAAGUGAUGUCAUUGAUGUGAUGGAAAAGUGUGAUGAUGGAUGGUUUGUUGGAACUUCAAGAAGAACCAAAUUCUUUGGUACUUUUCCCGGAAAUUAUGUCAAGAGGCUGUGAAUCACUCUCCUUAUUUAUGCCACAUUUCAGCAACACAUCUGCAUAAAUUUGCCUGAAACAUUCACGUAGGCCUCUCAUGUCAUGCCUUAUGAUUUCCAAUACGCUAUCACCAUCUCCACCUCCUGCCACCAAACCACCAGCAGAGUAACUGCCGCUGUGAGCCUUGGUGAGACAUGGCAGACCUGCAUCCAUAAGAAAGUAGAUCUUCCUACUUUCUGCCCUAAACUUUGGAAAGUCAGUGUGGGAGAUCAGAAAGAAAAGUAGUAUAUUUUUUAAAAGUAAAGUAUUUCAGAGAAAGUGAACAAAAGAAAGAAUUGGCAGGAGGCUCUCUGGUCUCAUGGCUAUAUUUCAAAACCUGGAAGAUGCUCCUCCCCCAGGCAACCAGAAGAUUGUUUAUUUCAAAAUGCUGUGGUUUGCAUAUUCACAUUCUUAGCUUGGCACCCUAUUUUCCUUUCACAAGUUUGCCUAGUAUCCUGGUUUACACUAUAUGAUAACUGUACUUCAGCUAUUUUUUGCCUGCACUCAUAUGUUGUUAUAUGCACAGUAAUUACAAAACCUAAAGCAAGAGUAGGAAAGUUAAUUCGUAUGGGUGUGAUUUUGUUGAUUGAAUGUAAGUUUUCAAAGAGGAAUCUUUUCCUGCAAUUUUUUGUACUUUUUAGAAGUACAGUGAGUGAAUAAGAGCCUUUGGUGAUUAUCAUGAGAAUAAAAAAGGAUUAGGUAGACUACAGAAAAAUUAUUGUGUUGUAAAGUUGCAUUGCUAUUUUAUAUUAAAAUGUAAUAAUCAGCAUCAUGAGCUCUUAGUGUUUUAUUUAUCUGAUAAAAUUUAAAUAAAAGCAGUGUUAGUGAGAGGUGCAAAGUACUAUUCUAACAUAGACACUUGAAAGUAUCUGUAAGCAAUAUUAGUAGGUAAGAUUUCACUGUGUGUACACAUACACAUUUGAGAUUAUAUGGGAACAUAUAAUCCAUAUGAUAUGUUGUACAUUUUAUGGAAAUUUAAAAGAAUUCUACAUGUUAUUUUAUAGAAAUAGAGUACUUCAGAAGCAUUACAAGUAUUAAGGCUGGUUUUAGCAAGGAUUAUGGUCAAUACAAUUAUUUUUACUAUGAUACUUAUUUUUCUUCUGUGGAACUCAGAAUCCUGGCUACAUUUGAGAACAGGAAUAUGUUGAGCCUGAUUUUCCUGGUGUAUGUAAAAUAUUUCCUAGGAAUAAAUUGGGCACUUUUUAGAGACUGUUAAAUCAUUCAGGUUAUUUUUUUUUUCUGCCCUAAAGCAGAGUCUGAAAGAUUUAAUAGGGUUAACUAACAGUGCCUGAAUUGCAUAUGCCCUGAAAACUAGCUUUGUAUUUCUUAUGAAUUUGCAUAAGAACUGUUCAUCUUUGGAUCUUGAGCACCUUAUAGAUAAAACUUUUUAUGGCAUUUCUUCAUGGACAGUAAUUGAUCUUUUCACAAUAUGUAGACUGUAGAAUUUUGUAUAUGUUUGUUGUUUUUUUGUACAGACUGUUUAGUUAUUGAGAAGACAGGGGAACUUCCAGUUUGAUGUUUAUCCUGAAUUUAAACUAAGCUAAAACACUUUCAGAAGAUUAUCCUUUAUGUAUCUGGAAGAUCACAAGGGUCCCCCUUGAUAGUACAAAUCUAUAAGAUAAGCAAAGGUUUAAAAAUUGAAAAGGUCUUAGCAGCCAAACUGAAAGAUAGAUAAGUACUGAUUACAGAGGAAUUUCAUUAGGAAGAAAGUAAAGGAACAUCUUUGGAUAGCCUACCAUGAUUACUGUCAAGUUCACAACCAGCUUUAUAUUUUAAAGGCUUUGGGUUUGAAAUUAAGUCAACUGCAUGCAGCUUUGCUGAUAAAUGACUAAUUCUCUUUGGUGCCAUUUAUGAGACAAGACUUCAAAAUCUGUUGCCUGUUAUAUUUAAGAAAAAAUACUGUUUCUAUUCUCUGUAUCUGAUUUUAAAAGAAAAACUAUUCACACCUGACUUUCAGGUAAUUGACUGAAUUCUUACAAGCAAAGAUCAUUGUGUUUUUCUUGAGUAGACAUCUAAUAAAUUUUGCUUGGAAGUGUA